AUGAUGAUUACUACUGGUCGGACGCUCGCGAAGACUCCGCUCCAGAAGAUCAUAAUGUCCCUCUCUGGUACACACCACGGAAAUGACUCUCUUGAGGACCUCUACCGCAGUCAUGAGAUUGGCCAAAUCUCCAAGCUGCCUGGAGGUAAUCUCCGCAUCAAGGUGAAGUCGAAAGAAGCCUGUCUCUGCCUUGAGUGCACGAAGGUGGACAUUAUGGGCGGUGUUGACACGUUCAAGGAGUUUGAUGUUCUUGGUGGUAAGUACUUCAUCGACAUCUCCAACAUGGACUCGAACACCGACACCCUGUUGAUUCUUCAGCGCCUGUUUCUACUUGGCUGCAAGCCUGUCUGUGACUCCUUUUGGGGGUGA